CCACAAGCGUGCUCUUAGUCCUCCAAGCUUGGGCGUAGCUGCGUAGCGAUCUAGCUGAGAAUGAAUGAGAACGGAGUCCUGGCUACUGACAAGGCACUGAAUUAAGAGCACAGCUGCGGGAGAGAGGUGUGGAAUUCUGGUCGAAAUGGUAUUAUUUCAUGGCGAGGUUUGGUUACUUCCGCUUCUCAUGUUGCUGCUUGCUUGCUUGCUCUACUCUACUCUGCUCUGCUCUGCGCGGCACCGCACGCAGCACCAUCCAUCAUACCCACGUGCCGACCAGGGGAAGCGCUGGUUGCACAUACGUGGUACACACACAGACAGCGCACAUCCAUCCACCACGCGAGCCCCUCUGCGCACACACAUACAUAGUCCCACAGCCCGCAUAACAGCGUCCAUCUUAACCUUCCUUACCUACCUCCCCACCAACAACAGCAGACCUGUUGUUGAUCAGUAACUAGAUAGCAUCAUCGUCAUCCAUAUUAUGAUUGUGAUUAUGAUUAUAAUAUAUAUGCUUUGCUCAGCAACCACCGCCCCUGCCUUACUCCCCGCACCCCACGUGCGCGCAUGCA